AAGCAACCGACGAAGCUGCUCUUCAGCAAAAGAAGAGUCAUUAACUGCUGAAAGGAAGCUCUGUCGUGCGCAUAAUGGCCUGCGAACAAACCUCGAGUGCGGCAAGUAACGAUGAACGGCAGAAACAUUCGAAGUGUAUCGAUGUUAUGUUUCUCUGUGACGAGUGGAAGUCUUCAAAAGGUGGUCUGUCCACUUUCAACAGAGAAUUUGCUGUUAAUUUGGCAAAAACAGCAAGCGACAGCAUCAAAGUUCAUUGCUACGUUGCCCAAAGCGACGAACUGGGAAGAGAAGACGCCAGGCAACAUGGAGUGAAUUUGAUCACUGCCAAGAGUAUUCCUGGAUCGACUGAUCAUCAGGAUUGGCUGAAAAUUCCACCGCCGGAACUUCGGAAUCCGGACAUCGUGGUAGGCCACGGAAGAAAGUUUGGUACGCCUGCCUAUUGUAUUGUCCAAACCGCAAACUGCAAGUGGAUGCAUUUUGUCCAUGUGUUUUGUGAAGACCUUGGAAAGUUCAAGGCACCCCAGAGUGGUACUGUCGAUACCAUUGAAGAGAAUGAAAAGAAACAUAAAAAUGAAAUUGAGCUGUGUAGAGCAGCAGAUUUAGUUAUCGCAGUUGGAUCACGGCUACAACAGAAGUACAAAAGAGGCCUUCCAAAUGUUGUGGUCGAGAGAAUCACUCCUGGUAUUUUGCAAAAGUUUUUCACUGAGUCAUCACAGCUGGAUAGAUCAGUGGUAACGAAUUUCAAGGUCUUUAUGUUUGGUCGGGCAAGUUUUGAAGAUCUCACCCUCAAAGGUUAUGACAUUGCUGGUAUACCUGUUCUUGUUGCAGGUGAAUCAGGAAUAGCUGAAGCUUUGCAUGAAGUAGAAGGUGGAAAGUCUGUCAUUGUUGAAUCAAAUGACCCUGAAGAGUAGGCUCAAAGGAUCCAACAACUGUGCAGCCAAAGUCAAGAAGAGAGAGAAAACAGUGCAAGACUGCUAAGAGACAACUACAAUAAAACUUACCCUUGGAGCAAUGAAUGUAAGAGAUUCAAAGGGAUGAUCCAGGAUUUAGUGGAAAGCUUAAGUGAAGAGAUCUCGCCAGAAUUUAGCCUUGCUGAGUUGAAACUGAAAACAACAAUUUCAGAAGAAGAGUAUAAAUCAUGCAAAGCAUACUUUGAGAAAGAUUCACCUAAAGCGAACGAUGAUGACGAUGGGUUUAACUUGAUUCAGCCAUCACUCAUCCAACAGUUGAGGUCCAUCCUAGAUCAGUAUCCUGAUGACGGACAGAUACUAAAGGAACUGAUUCAGAAUGCUGAGGAUGCAAAUGCCAGUCGAGUGAAGUUCUUGCACGACAAACACAGUCAUGACACAGAACAUCUUUUUGACGAGGACCUCGCACAAUUUCAGGGUCCAGCGCUUUACGCUUACAACAACGCACGGUUUACAAGAGAAGAUUGGAGGGGUAUUCGACUGCUCAGUGAUAGCAUCAAAGUGGAAGAUCCAGUGAAAGUCGGUCGUUUUGGUCUGGGAUUCAAGUCUGUAUUUCACAUGACAGAUUUACCAAGUUUACUCAGUGAUUCCCAAAUUGGCUUCAUUGACCCUCAUGGUGUUCACUUUUCUGACAAGCGCCACAGAAGAAACAGGCGUUAUAUCAAAUCUCCAAAUGCGGAUCAAGAGGAUCGGGAGACGUGUGGUCGGCAGCUGACAGACAAGUCGUUACUAUGGAACAGAUGUCUUCUCGAGGAGGCCAUACCCAAAGCCUAUGCCAUGAUGAUUUUGGAAGCCAUUAACGAGAAAUCAUUUUUCGUACCAAGGACAUCCAUCUUCAAGGCAUGGCCAGAUAUCAGCUCCAUUGACCCAAAGUGGGAGAAGAUAAGAGAUCCAUUGUUUCACUUGCUACUGCAGAAAAAAGUUGUUUACACCACGGCACAUCUUGGGCAAUGGCUGACAGUACAGAAAGCCAUUUUUGACCUAUCGUCUAAAGAUGAACCUAAAGAGCUGCUCCAGCGAGUGUUACUAGCAGCUGAUUUGCCUGUCGUUUCAGUACCCAGUCACGUCAGGGACGCCAUUAUUUGCUAUGCAGGGGAUACUGUAAGGAACAUUACACCCAGUUGUACAAGAACAACACUGAAGCAAGUCCCUUCCUGUUACCAGAAACUUGAGAGACGAGACAAACUACUCCUUCUUCAGUUUUGUCUUAAAGACCGCAGAUUUGACAAACUCUGCGGCUUGAUGUUGUUGCCCCUCUUCAAUCGCGCUUUCACGACAUUUUCAGAUCGGGGAGAGAAAAUUUAUAUCUGCUCCCCUAAUCAUCCCCGAGAACUUUUUCCUGGUCUAGAACACCGUUUUAUUGAUGACACAGUCGAUGGAGACAUCAUUGGGAUGUUGAAAGAUGCAGCUGAUCAAGGUAAAACGACAUUUUUUGGUUACGAGUAUGUUUUUAUCUGA